GAGCAGUUCCUUAGUUCCUCUCAUGUGUAUUGCGUUUCUAGUUACCCUGAAAAGGACCGAAGCAAAGGUCUGUCGAAGGGUGAAGAACCAAACGCUAUACUGCUCUAGGAAAUGGGAGAGGAGAAUGGAUUCGCCGGAGAAGUCUCCAACGGAGAGGCAGCGGCGGCGCCGGUGAGUUGCUUGUGCACCUACGCUGACGAAGGUAGCACGGAGAGUCAGAGAUACCAUGCCGCACGGAGAACUUUGCUGGAAAUGUUGAGGGACAGAGGCUACGCCGUGCCCGCCUCCGAAAUCAACCUCUCUGUUCAGGAGUUCCGAGCCAUUCACGGCCAAAACCCAGAUGUCGAACGUCUCAGAAUUUCUGUAGCUCAUAAAUUUGAUCCUUCAAAACGGAUUCAGGUUGUUUUCGCUGGUCCUUGCUUGGUUAAAGUUAGUGGGAUCCGCUUCAUUGCUGCUUCACUUCCUAACCGGGAGAGUUUAACUGGAGUUAUAUUAGUCUUGGAAAACCAUAUAACAAAACAAGCUUUGAACGCUUUGGACCUUUUCAAAUUUAAAGUAGAGAUGUUUCAGAUAACAGACUUGCUUGUUAACAUUACGAAGCAUGUGCUAAAGCCAAAGCACCAGGUAUUGACAGAGGAGGAGAAGCAAAGGCUCUUGAAGAAGUAUAGUAUAGACGAAAAGCAGCUUCCUCGACUACUAAAGAAAGACGCCAUUGCACGAUAUUAUGGACUUGAAAAGGGUCAGGUGGUGAAAGUUACCUACAGUGGGGAAAUCACUGGGUCAUAUGUUACAUACCGAUGUGUCUGGUGAUCCAUCUGUGCAGGUUUCUCCUCUAUCUUGCUGUGAAAAGCCGUUUGUUGUCAUAGCUUUAGAUUUUCCCCUCCCCAUCUUUGGGAUUGCUUCAUCAAACACCAUGAAGCUGCUUGUGGCAUAUUUUUUUCUGUUAUGUGCAUAUUUUCAUGGCUUUGGUGUCUUUCCAGUAGAUUCACUUGGACAAGAAUAUGCAGAAGUAGCUAUGUGGUAACCAUGGCUAAGCUUUGUUACAGACUACAGAGUGAUAACUCGAAGAAGACUCGAGUGGCCUAGUGUCCAUAGAGUAGGGCAACCCUUUGAGGAAACAAGCUUUACUCUACGCAAACUCUUAUAUGACCUUCCUUCUUCUCAUAAGAACCUUUCAGCUUAUUUCAUGUUAAUUUAAAACCAAUUGGUUUUUUCUUACUAUGAUGUUUUAUCGGAGUUGGCAUCACUAAGUUCUUAUUAAUUUCAACACUUUGGCUAUGAAGGUUAGAAAGUUCGAAAUCUUGUAGUAAGAGUUAAGCAUUAACUACUUGUUUUUGCCGACUGAAAACUAACUUCAAAAACUGUAUUAUAAAAUUCAAUUGUACCA